AUGGGAAAUCGACGCUUCACUCAGGUCGCAACCAGCGACGAGGAGGACGAAGCGCCGCCUCCGCCUCCGAAGCUACAAUCUACGGCCACUGCCUCCGACGAGAACCCGUCGAAGCAGCAGCGCAAGAGGAAGAGGAUGAAGCUCCAGGAAGAAGAGGAGGAAGUGGAGAAAGAGAGCGAUAAGGAGAAAGAAAUAGAGGAAGACAAGAAGAAGAAGAGAAAGAUCAGAGACAAACAGGACGGGAGAUCUAACGAAGAAGAGGAACCGCCGCAGGAAGAUGCCAAGCCCAUCGGCGAACCGGUUAGGGUUUCCGGAAAGGGGAGAGGCCGGAAAAAGCAUUUCGAUUCCUUCGAGUACGACGGGAACCAAUACACGCUGGAAGACCCUAUACUUCUCACACCUGAGGACAAAGACCAAAAGCCAUAUGUGGCUAUUAUUAAGGACAUUACUCAAUCCUUAAAUGGCAGCAUGAUGGUCACAGGGCAGUGGUUCUAUCGACCCGAAGAAGCUGAAAGAAAAGGUGGUGGCAGCUGGCAAUCACGUGACACAAGGGAGCUGUUUUAUAGUUUCCACCGUGAUGAUGUUCCUGCAGAAUCUGUUAUGCAUAAGUGUGUGGUGCAUUUUGUGCCCAUACACAAACAGCUUCCAAAUCGUAAGCAUCAUCCUGGGUUUAUUGUGCAAAAGGUGUAUGACACAGUAGAAAGGAAACUCUGGAAGCUAACUGAUAAGGACUAUGAAGACAAUAAACAGCAAGAAAUUGAUGAGCUUGUUCAGAAAACUCUUCAACGUUUGGGUGAACUACUUGAUAUUGAGCCUGAAGAACCUGUUGCUGAUCAGGAAGAUCUGAUGAAAAAUAAAAGAAUCUUAAGGAAAAAAAGCAUUUCACCUCUUGAUGUUUCAAAGGAGGAGGAAACAACUCGUAAGAGUGACCAAUCUCUGAAACCUGAAACACCAGGGAGUUGUGCAAAUAAUGCUUCAGAACAUUAUCGCAUAUUAGUGGAUUUCAAUGCUCUAACUGGAGAUACCCAUCGUGACAAAUGUUUGGAGAAGUUGCUUCAAAGUGUUCAAUUCAUGUUUAACUCUGAUGACAGCAUAAAGAAGGACGACAAAGGAAAUGACAAUUCUGAUGCAAUCAACAAUGGAAACAAUGACAAAAAUUCAGAAGUAGCAAAUGACUGCAAAGACAAGGUUCAAGAGAUUUCCAAGUCUUUUGUCUGGCCAGAUGUUGCCGUUCCCGCUGUAGUUGCUCUGGAAAAAGCCUCACAUGAUACCUUUUCAUCAGAUUAUCAGAAGUAUAAUCAAAAGCUACGGCAAUUAGUAUUUAAUCUCAAGAACAAUGCAAUCCUAGCACGGCGUCUAUUAAACGGAGAGUUGGAACCUUCUAAAAUAUUGAAUAUGACACCCAAUGAAUUGAAGGAGGGUUUGACUGCUGAGGAAACAAACAAGAAAGAGCCUGAUGAGUCACAACAAAUGCAGAUGACGGGUGCGCGAUGCCGAAGAUGUAGCGAGUGUAAGGUGGGCUUGAGGGAUAUUAUCCACGCAGGACAUGGUGAUCGAUAUCAGCUGGAAUGCAUUUCCUGUGGCCAUUCCUGGUUUGCCUCCCGUGAUGAAGUGUCUGACCUGACUAUAGAUGCGUCAGAUUCAAAAAGAAGUGUAGGUACAGCGCCAUGGGCCACUGCAAAAUUUGAAGAUGUUGAGAAGAAGCUGGUUAGUCCCCGUGAAUCUGAAAAGAAUGACAUACUUAAAAAAACAAGUGAAGCAUAUAUGCCGGUUUUGGAUGCCCAGAAAUCGUUUGGCAAGUCUAGGAAAGAUGAAAACGUCCAAGCCGCUUCAUCAAAACAGGUUGUGACUGGUGACUAG